UCUCGAGCAAACAACGGCUAAAUAAGUCUGGAUCCUCAGCAAUAAAUUACUGUAUUCUUCGCCUUGAUCGAUUACAGUCGACAAUGACCGGAGAAGACCACGUGGACGGGCGAACAUGUGACUUGAGACGCCACCAAUCAGGAUUCGAUUAUGGUGCAUAUUGUCAACAAAGUUGUUGAUAUUGGAUUACAGUACUUGGUCGGCAACGAGUUAUCCCUACGUGACUGGCGAGUUUUAACAACAUGGCGAAACAAACUGUUCCAUCACAGAUCAACAUCACGGAUCAGCAAUGUUUAAACCAGGGGGGCUUAUGGGACUCCAUGAAGAAGGCAGCCUUCAUCAUUGGGUCUGGACUCUUCUUCCUCGUGGCGUUUCGGAACUCUGUCAUGUGGCACCUGCAGCGGUUCUGGGGUGCGUCUGGAGACUUCUGGCAAACCCAGUGGAGUAAACUGCUGCUGCACUUUGAAGGGCGCGAGGCCACACUCUUCUUCCUGGGGACAAUGCUGGUUCCCACAGCCAGUUUCUGGCUGCUGAAUGGACUGUUUAUGUUGUCUGACUCCACUGGAAAGCCAACCUUCAUCACACGCUACCGCAUCCAACAGGACAAGAACAGCCCGGUGGACCCUGAGCGUCUGCGUCACGCGGUGAAGACGGUGCUAUGGAAUCAGGUGUUCCUGUCGGGGCCUCUGGUGGUGAUGGCCUACCUGGUGAUGACGGCCAGAGGGGACCCCAUGGCCCCCCACCUCCCCCACUUCCACUGGGUCCUGCUGGAGCUCAGCCUCAGUGGACUGGUGGAGGAGGUUCUCUUCUACUACUCACACAGGUUGUUCCACCACCCUACUAUUUAUAAGCAUAUUCAUAAGAUCCAUCAUGAGUGGACAGCUCCUGUUGGUGUUAUCGCCCUCUAUGCACAUCCUGUGGAGCAUGUGCUGUCCAACAUGCUGCCUGCUCUGAUGGGACCCAUGCUGCUCGGCUCCCACCUGAGCACCACCUGCCUGUGGUUCACUGUGGCCCUGCUGUUCACCACCAUCUCCCACUGCGGGUACCACCUGCCCCUGCUGCCCUCACCUGAGUUCCACGACUACCACCACCUCAAGUUUAAUCAGUGUUUUGGCGUUCUGGGUGUGUUAGAUCGCCUGCACGGCACAGAUGACAAGUUCCGCCAGACAAAAGCCUAUGAGCGACACUCUCUCCUACUCAGCCUCACACCCCUCAAACACACCAUCCCAGACCCACCCAAGAACUCUCAGUGAGCGCGCGUAUGUCUGCCCAAAGCCAGCAUUGGAUGUCAGGCCACGGUACUACCAAAAUACCGUUGGGCGCUCAUCAUUUUGACUUGAACCACGUUAACGUUAUUUGUGAUUAACGUGAGUACCGUUAAAUAUGAAAUGGUCAAUAAGUUAGUGACAGGUAUCACAAGUAAUGGUAGCGUAGCUAAUAUUAACGUUAACGCACCACGUGCAGCAAAUAGGCAACGUUAGCAAUCUAGCUAUCAGCAUACUUAGUUUAUCUCAUAGACAUAUGGUUUAUCUGAUGUUAAAUUGCCACCUCUGGGCAAAUGAGAAUUCAUGUUAAUUCAGAUGUAAAAGUUGUAUGUAUCACAGCUUGUAAACGUCUCACACUUUGAAAGUAUGUGUUUUUCCUAAAACAUUAAACUUAAAAUGUUUUGUUUUUUAUUCUUUUCUUUUGUUAUCUUUUUUAUGUCUUUAUUUUAAGCGUCUUUUAGAACUGUGAAAAGCGCUAUAAACAUGUAAUGUUUUAUUAUUAUAAAAUAAACACAGGACGAACGUUAUCUUGGCUAAUACUUUCCUUGUCAUGCAUUAUGUCUAUGGUUCAGAGAGUACGCACUAAAUGUCUUCCGAGGUUGAAAAAAAGGCUCUGCACGAACGUUCGGUCUGACCAACCCCAAUGAGUAGCCUAGACUCUAGAUGGCAACAGCAAACCAUAUCAAAAAUACCACACACAUUUGUCCACAAGACAAGGUAAACAGACAGGAUUUGGUGGAGGGGAUUGAGUUGUUCAAGGGCUGCAUGACAUGGAAUUUCAAAUGUUGAAAACAUAACUCAUUUUCUGUAAUUUCUAAAACGACACACUACAUAGCCUUAAUAAAGCCUAGUCUAAGUAAUCUAAACACAUGUACACAAGUACAUUUU